AAAACUUGUGAAGUUUGAAGAAUGAAGAACAUAGUCUCGAUUAAAUGCGUUUGAAGAACAAAAUCACUGUACCAACUGAUUUUUCUCCACUCCCUCACUUUCCCAGAAACUUACACACGAAGUCACUUCCUCCUCUUUCUCUUCCAUUUUCUCCAAUUUCAAUCCUAAUUCCAUUGCACCUCCUCCAUUCUCCACACUUCCUCUACACCUUUCCUCUCUUUUCUCAUAUCUGGAAUGAGCUUUUUGAGGCCCUUUCUGUUUUACUCUUCGCUGCGAUGGAUGAUUUUUCACAGUUGGGGUUUUCCCAGAUGGCCUGGGUUUGACGGUUUCCUUAGAUUUAUUGUCCUUUUGAUCUUGUGGUCUAUGCUUUUGGAGAUUCAUUCCAUUCCUUCCUCAUCAAUGUAUCCAACUCUUCGUGUCGGCGAUCGAAUUCUUGUCGAGAAGGCCUCUUAUUUCAUCAGAAAUCCUUCUAUAAAUGACAUUAUUACCUUCCAAGACCCGACACAGCAAUCUGGAUGCAGAGAAGAAAACAUUGUUGUAAAGAGAGUUGUGGCCAAAGCGGGAGACACAGUUGAGGUUUUUCAGGGAUGCCUCUAUGUCAAUGGGAUUGCUCAGGAUGAAAGCUUCUUACGGGAGCGGCCAACAUACACCACAAAGUCAACUCAAAUUCCAGAAGGCCAUAUUUACGUGUUGGGUGACAACCGCAACAACAGCUACGACUCCCAUAUUUGGGGACCUCUGCCCAUCAAAAACAUCAUAGGGAGAUGCCUCUGUUCAUGCCAUAAACCAACAAGUAAAUGAUACAUUGAACAAAUUGAAAUGAGGUCAGAAACAUUAUUCUAUUUGUAUGUGAUAAAUUAUUUUAGUUCCACAUUCUCAUGUAGGAUUAGGCUUGUUUGGUAUGGAUAUGAAUACUAAAGAAACAUUUUAUUCAUUCUUAUGUGUGGUCCAUAAAUUUGUGUAUUAGCUGUGAUGGAAGUUAGAGUUAUUCUUUUUAUUAGUUAUCUUUAACAA